AUGGACAGUUACGAGAGGGCACAAUAUGUAAAUAGAAUUAUUCUCCAAUUCCAAAAAGGUCAUGCUACCUUUCUCAAUGAUCCUCGUUAUCCAAUUCGUUAUAGUAUCAUGGAAGAACACGAAAUCGAUGAGGCCGCUGCUAUGAUGGCAAAGUCUUUUAUUGAACAAAAUGAAAUGUACAAAACGAGAGGAAUUACUGUGGAUGACUAUCUCGAAUCGGUUAUCCAUGAAUGCAGAAUGUCUGUUGAGGAUAAGUUAUCCAUAAUCGCUCGUGAUAUGGAAACCAAUCAGAUAAUUGGAGUAGCAGUAGCAUACUCUUAUAACAAAGCACUUCAAUCAUUUGCAGAAAAUGAGGAAACUACCCAGCCGAAAGAAGCGCUUGCACCGGUGAUGGAUUGUAUGCUGCGAUUAGUAGAAAAAGUAGAGCAAAUGGAAUCUUUCAAUCCUGAUAAAACGGUGAUUAUCGACGAUGUUGCAGCUGUAAGAGGUGAAAAAUACACAGGUAAAUUGGUAGGAUUCCUAUGUGCUGGACUAGUCAAAGCAUUAUGUGUUCGAUUAGGUUAUUCAUAUUUGCUAACGGUCGUUCUCAAUCCGGUAAUGCAACGAAGAGUUCGUUCAUUGGGUUAUAAACUUCUUCAUAGUUUAAAAUUGGACGAAUAUAUUUAUCGAGGCGAAAAAGUCUUUUCCAAUUUGGUCGAAAAAGGCUAUCAUAGUGGACAAAUUUUCGUAAAUUAUUUAAACGAUAAUUGUAAAAAAUUAGUAAGCUCUCCACAAGCGAAAUUAUAA